CACGACACAUACAAACCGAGUUAAAGCUGUCUCCUUUCUCACCAAUCGUAUAUCCCCACCGUGGCCCCGCCGCGAAUACAAUGCAACUAGAGUUUGUCGGACACUGUCACUAGAGAGAGAAGAUAGAAGAAGAGUUUCAAUUAUGGAGACGAUUAGAAUGGUGAAGGUUACGCAAGACGGUUCCGGAGACUACCUCUCCGUCCAAGACGCAGUCGACUCGGUGCCUCUCGGAAACACGUGUCGUACCGUGAUCCGUCUCUCACCGGGGAUUUACCGACAGCCUGUGUACGUGCCCAAGAGAAAAAACUUCAUCACUUUCGCCGGAAUCUCCCCGGAGAUCACCGUCAUCACUUGGAACAACACCGCUUCGAAGAUCGAGCAUCACCAGGCGUCGAGAGUCAUAGGGACGGGAACGUUUGGGUGCGGGAGUGUUAUUGUCGAAGGUGAAGACUUUAUUGCAGAGAAUGUUACUUUUGAGAACUCUGCUUCUGAGGGAUCAGGACAAGCUGUGGCGAUUAGAGUCACUGCAGACCGUUGUGCCUUUUAUAACUGUCGCUUUCUCGGCUGGCAGGAUACGUUAUAUUUGCAUCAUGGGAAACAAUAUUUGAAAGACUGCUACGUUGAGGGAAGUGUGGAUUUCAUAUUUGGGAACAGCACAGCGCUCUUGGAACACUGCCAUAUCCACUGCAAAUCUCAGGGUUUUAUUACAGCACAAAGCCGAAAAUCGUGUCAGGAAUCAACUGGUUACGUGUUCCUAAGAUGUGUGAUCACUGGGAAUGGUGAGAGUGGGUAUAUGUAUCUGGGAAGGCCAUGGGGACCGUUUGGGAGGGUGGUGCUUGCGUACACUUACAUGGAUGGGUGUAUCAGAAAUGAUGGUUGGCAUAACUGGGGAAACGCUGAGAAUGAGAGAAGUGCUUGCUUUUAUGAGUACAGGUGCUUUGGUCCUGGUAGCUGUUCGGCCGGACGUGUUACGUGGUCGAGAGAACUGAUGGAUGAAGAAGCGGGACACUUUCUGCAUCAUAGUUUUGUGGAUCCAGAUCAGGACCGGCCUUGGUUGUGUCUGAGAAUGGGAGUGAAAACACCAUAUUCUGCGUAGAAUACUUGUUGUAAUUGAACUUGGAAUAUUAUCUUUGUCAUUUGUCAAAGUGAAUAAAUGCACACACCAAAACCAAAAAAAGUUGCAAAUUAUCUUUUGA